GAUAAACAUUAUACUCCUACAUAGAUAUGGCUGCAGUAUUAUCACCAUGGCCGCGGCUGCUGAUCCUUGCAGCCACUCUGCUGCUAGGAACCAUCAGGAUCGCCAUGGCGUCCUCCAGGAUUGCUAAGCCUGGAUGCAAGGAAACAUGCGGCAACCUCACCAUUCCCUACCCCUUUGGCAUCGGUGCUGGUUGCUUCUACAGGCAAGGUUUCGACGUUUCAUGCGAGCAUAACCGCAUUUACAUGGGCAACUCCAGCAGCCGAAUGGUGAUCUACAACAUCAGCCUUGUUGAAGGGCAAGCUCGAGUCAGCACCUUGAUUGCCUCCAAGUGCUAUUACAGCAACGGCACCACCACAGAUGGUUGGGUCUCAACAGGUACAGCUAAUCUGUUCACACUAUCCAGCAGGGCAAACAAGCUGACAGCAAUCGGAUGCAACACCCUUUCAUUCUUGAGAGGAUACAACCAGCAAGAUGUCGGAGCUGGGUGCUUCUCCAUGUGCCUGAACAAGCAGAGUGUGGACAGCAGCGGCCAGUGCUCCGGCAUGGGCUGUUGCCAGACAUCCAUUGCACCAAACCUCACCUCCUCCAAUAUCACAUUCGAUGAGAGGUUCAACAAUUCUAAGGUGCUCGGCUUCAACCCAUGUAGCUAUGCCUUCGUUGCCGAGCAGGACUGGUUCAGGUUUGAGGCUGCUUACCUAGAAGGUAACAAGCUAACGGAGAAAUACAGUGAUGGAGUUCCUACUGUGCUUGAUUGGGUUGCUGGAUCCAAACCCUGCAAUGAAGCGCAGAAGAACAGGUCAUCAUAUGCCUGCAUAAGCACAAAUAGCCAGUGCAUCAGCUCACCAAAUGCUACCGGGUAUCUCUGUGUCUGCAAAAAUGGCUUUGCAGGAAACCCCUACCUGGAAGAAGGCUGCCAAGAUAUUGAUGAGUGCCAACUUCCAGCUCAGUAUCCUUGCCAUGGAAUCUGCAGCAAUGAAAUUGGGGACUACAGUUGUAGCUGCCAGCCUGGGACUCACAGUAUUGAUCCGAAGAAAGAAACCUGCAGUCCAAAUACAACUUCAGAAAGAGCUAGAUUAACAAAGAUGUUUAUAGGUAUUUCGGUGUGCGCUAUUCUGCUGCUUAGCUGUAUUUUUGCACUACUGAUUGAAUGCCAGAAAAGAAAACUGACGAAAGAAAAGGAAAGGUUCUUUCAACAAAAUGGGGGUCUACUGCUGUAUGAGCAAAUCCGGUCAAAGCAAGUUGAUACUGUGAGAAUAUUCACAAAAGAAGAACUAGAGGAUGCAACAGACAAUUUUGACUCAAAAAGAGAGCUAGGAAGAGGUGGUCAUGGAACUGUAUACAAGGGGAUCCUCAAAGACAACAGAGUAGUAGCCAUAAAGCGCUCAAAGAUCAUGAACAUGGUUCAGAAAGAUGAAUUUGUGCAAGAGAUGAUUAUACUUUCACAGAUCAACCACAGGAAUGUGGUAAGGCUUCUAGGUUGUUGCUUAGAAGUCGAGGUUCCCAUGCUGGUCUAUGAAUUCAUCCCAAAUGGAACUUUGUUCGAGCUUAUACAUGGUAAAUUUAGAACAGCACCUAUUUCACUGGAUGCCCGCCUUCGGAUUGCUCAGGAAUCUGCAGAUGCACUAGCAUAUCUGCAUUCAUCAGCAUCCCCUCCAAUAGUUCAUGGUGAUGUCAAAUCUCCAAAUAUUCUCCUAGGUGACAACUACAUAGCAAAAGUGACUGACUUUGGAGCAUCAAGGAUGCUUCCAAACGAUGAAAUACAAUUUAUGACAAUGGUACAGGGGACUAUAGGCUACCUAGAUCCAGAAUACUUGCAAGAGCGCCAGUUAACAGAGAAAAGUGAUGUUUAUAGUUUUGGAGUUGUGCUUCUAGAGCUAAUUACAGGAAAAACUGCAAUUUAUUCUGACAGUGCUGAAGAAAAGAAAAGCCUUGCAUCAUCCUUCCUUCUGGCAAUGAAAGAGAACAGACUUGAGUCCAUAUUGGACAGGAACAUAUUAGGUGUUGGAACAGAGCUGUUUCAAGAUGUUGCUCAACUGGCAAAAUGUUGCUUGAGUACAAAGGGGGAAGAACGGCCAUUAAUGACAGAAGUAGCUGAAAGGGUUAAAGCAAUAAGAAGCACCUGGCGGGAACAAUUGAUUGAGAAUGCUAAUGAAGAAACUGUAUGCUUGCUUGAAAACUCGUCACACUAUGACCCUUCUAUCACUGGACGACAUGGAAGCUUGAUGACGCUAGAUUUAGAAACCGGUAGAUGAUGAGUGUGCAAGUAUCAAUGAAUGGUUUUAGUAGAUUCGAUUAGCAUCUCCUUGCAUAAAUAUCCUGUAAAAAUAUUUGUGUUCAACAAUAAGAACUACAGGAAAUUAAUGAAAACUUAUAUUUGACAUGAUUUUAUGAGGUUCAAAACUUCAGUAUGUCAGCAACAACAAUUUGCCAUAGGAAUGGUCGGCG